CCGAGCUUCCGAGUCACACCGCUGAGGCCUUGGGUUCAUGUCAAGAAGGAUCACAGCAGAUAUCAUAGAAUCUAUAGAAGGCUCUUCACCUCGUUUCAACAACCUGGAUAGCCUCCAGAGGCACCUGGGAAACCUUCUAGUUGAGAUUUUGAGAGAUCAGGGUCUAGAAGCAUGGAAGUCUUGCCCAUGCAAAAAACUUGUUGCAGCUAUGGUAAUAAUGACAAUGUGCUGGAACAUGUUUAGUGUGAAGAUACGCAUCAUGGCAGAUAUAUCUAACUAAUAUGGCUGGCACGGUUAACAUAUUUUCUAGCUAAAUUCGAUGAAUUUGAGAAACAUCACUGCUUCUCAUCUGAUAGUGCUGGUGCUAUUACAGUUCUCCCAGAGUUUUAAGUGUGCCAUCGUGUACGCCUGUAGCAUCUUUGGGCCCACUGCAGGUGUAUGGAUAGCUUAGUACUAUCAUAUGGACAAAAAACUGCCCUUAAUGUUUCCUCCUCUUCAUCUCAUCUACAAGUGGGCCUCAUUUGCCAUCUCCUUCCCCCCACUCUCCCCAAUCCAUCUCCACUCUCCAGGUUGCGCUCAUGGGCAGAGCUCCCUGGCGGCACGGCCAGCUCUGGGGCAGAGCUCCCCGGUGGCACAGCCAGCCCAGGAGCGCAUACACGUACAUGCAAAAACAGCUUACACAGACGUGCAUAAGUUCAUUCUCCUCUCUUCUCACUAAUUAUUUUUUGUUUCCCUUUCCAAAGCCACCGACAAUGCUUCUUUACUCCAACUGUUCUCACAGAGCUGUUCCUUGUUUUGUGAAUAAUUUUCAGUUGAACCAUGGGAGUAGAAAUUGCUUUGCACUUUUCCAUGUUCGCUUUCUUGAGCAGAUCAAUUGCAUAACGUCUUUGUGACAAUAGAGAAUCCCUCUCCUGUCCAAAAAAUAUUGAAGUCGGUCUAAAUCUUUGACAGCAUCAUCUACCAUCAGUUUUAGGGGUGCUCACUCUUUUUUUUUGUGUUAACACUAUGUCACUGGCACUUGGGCAGUAAAAACUGAGCAUGCGUGACAACGCCAGAACCCAAUCAAAACUCCCUGUAUGUUCUAAUCUGGCAGCUUUUGCUGCAACCUGUAAAAGUUAGUCCAAUUAAACAACAGAGAACACAAAGCUUACAGCCUCUUCACCUCUUACAACAGACGAAACAGGUGAUGAAAACUAUGUGACCGAAAGGGACAUAUAUAUAGCUGUUAUACUAGCAUAUUCCUCUUCUCUCCGACAAACUAUCAAUCAAAUAUAAUACAAAAACACCAAGAUCGAUACACACAAGACACCAUUAAACUAGUGAUGAUGUGUCAGAUGCUAUAUACUGAGGAGAAUAUCUGGUGAAGUUUGCUAAGGAAGAGGGGCAAAUAAAAGGUUGGCUAUAGGGGCCAUGGCAGAGAGUUCUUUGAACCUCUCUAGCUUAAUCGAUUUGGCAGCUUCAAAUAGAAGCAUGGAGAGAGGGUUGUCUCGGUUGAUUCUGGUUUUGGUUAUGGCUGUACUUGGCUGCAAAGCUGAUCGUGAUUUUGUGGCAGAUGGUGAAUACAUCAUGGUCAGACGUAGCACAUUUGCAGUCCUGAUAGUUUUUGCGUUCCUAGCAAUCGGCGUCGCCAUCGGGAUAACCAGAUACCUGAGGAACAAGAAGAAAGCAAACAAAACCACUACAGAAUCAUCACUGAAAUUAUCGCAAGGCAACUACAGGGUACAUAAAGGGGAGGUGAGCAGCAAGUGGUCAGGCUUGUACAAAUUCACCAAGGAGGAGAUCGAGAGGGCGAUCAACUAUGCGAGCAGCAGGAUCUACCUCGGCUCCGGUAGCGCAGGCCAGGUGUACCAGGGGGUGCUGCCCAGUGGGCAGCUUGUGGCAAUCAAGCACAUCCACAAGACGGCGAUGUCGGGGUCCUUUAUGAGGGAGGUGGAGCAGCUAUCCAAGGUAAGGCACCCCAACCUGGUGUGCCUCUUCGGCUACUGUGACGAGGAGGGAGAUCAGUACCUGGUGUAUGAGUACUGUGCCAAUGGAAACCUUGCCCAGAACCUACUGAGAAGUGACUCUGCGCUACCAUGGGAAACAAGAGUGAAGAUCCUGAGGGACUGUGCAUCUGUCCUGAGGUUUCUUCACACACACCCUGAUGGAUGCAUUGUCCAUAGAGACAUCAAGCUCACAAACAUCUUGCUGACAGAGGACAAGGUGCCGAAGCUGGCCGAUUUCGGGCUGGCAAAAAUGCUAGAAAUGGAGGAGACCAAGGUGUUCACAGACGUGAGGGGAACCAUUGGGUACAUGGAUCCCGAGUACAUCACACACUCCAAGCUCACUUGUGCCAGUGACAUAUACAGCUUCGGUGUUGUCGCUCUGCAGCUUCUGUCAGGAAGGAAGGUCAUAGAACUCGACAUUGUUGCGCGUGAUUCACUUACAAAGAAGGCCAAGGAUGUCGUGAGUGGGAAAAAGCCACUGGAGGAAUUCAUAGAUCCACGUGUUAGAGAUGAUGUUGUCAUAGAAGAUUUCGUGUUAAUACUGAAAAUUGCAGUCCUUUGUGUUGCGAGCUCAAGUGUAGGGCGCCCCACCAUAAAGGAUGUGUUCGAGGAGAUGGACAAAGCCUUGAGAAAUACAACCAUAAAGACUAAAGCAAGGAAGGAGAUGAAUGCAGCAAAUUUGGUCAUUCAAUAUGCGGAAGUGUUGGAUGUAUAGAUCAUAUUAUGCCUUCAGAUAUUACAACAAUCUGCCUGGAAGUUCCAAGGCCAUACUUCCAUCACAUGGGUAAAAGGUUCUGAUGAAGAUGGUCCGCGGUGAACAGAUUUGACAAAGGUGUGGUUGCACUGUGGUGACUGAUGUACCUGCAACAGUAUUAGUUCUACGAUAACAAUUGCCUUGCGCGGUUGCCCGCAUGUUGAUACUUAAGGUUCUGUAUAAGCACUUGUAAUUAAAUGAAGUGAAGAACUUAUCUGUAAAAUUCAGUCAAAAUUUGGGCUAGGUGGGUGCAAGUUAGUAUUAACAGAUUUUA